CGGUAAACAAUGGAAGGCGAUAAUAUUCCGUAAUUACAAAUCUGAAAUCUUCCCCUUUAAAUACCCACUUUUUAGUUUAUUCCUAUUUUCACUUUUCCUUUUCAGAUUCGCUUUUACUUCAAUCCUUCUCUCUUUUAUCUCCCGGUCACCCCUUUCUCUUCAGUUUCUUCAGGGGGUCGUCCAAAAUCAGGAAAAAGAGUUUGACAAACCCUGAAAUUCUUAUUCAAGUUCAAAGUUAGUGAUCGAAUCUAUCCAAAAAAAAAAAAAAAAGAACAAUUGUCUUCGAUUUAAAGAAAAAUUCAAAUAAAAUUCAACCAUGUCGGAAAUGGCGAACAUGGAUCCCGAAGGGAUAGAUGCCGUACGGAUGACGUGGAACGUUUGGCCACGCACUAAAGUGGAAGCCAGCAAGUGUGUCAUUCCGUUGGCUGCUUCAAUCGCUCCGAUCCGUCCACACACGGACAUUCCGAUGCUGCCUUACGCGCCGCUGCGAUGCAAGACAUGUUCCGCCGUCCUCAACGCCUUCGCGCGCGUUGACUUCAUGGCCAAGAUCUGGAUCUGCCCGUUUUGUUACCAGCGAAACCAUUUUCCGCCUCACUAUGCCAUGAUAUCCGAAACGAACUUGCCUGGCGAACUCUAUCCGCAGUAUACCACCGUGCAAUACGCGCUCCAAUCGUUUCCCGAUCCCAACAAUUCCAAUGCUCCUCAAUUGCCACCAGUGUUUGUGUUCGUGUUGGACACUUGCAUGAUAGAGGAAGAGCUUGAGUUUGUUAAAUCGGCGAUGAAGCAGGCUAUUGGGUUGUUGCCAGAACAUGCGCUUGUCGGCUUUGUUUCGUUUGGAACUCAAGUCCAAGUCCAUGAAUUGGGGUUCUCGGAUAUGUCGAAGGUCUACGUUUUCAGGGGUAGCAAGGAGAUUUCCAGGGAGCAAGUGUUGGAGCACUUAGGCCUCGGUUCUGCUGGGCGGCGGCCAACAGUAGGGUAUCCGAAAGUCCUGCACAAUGGUUACGCAAAUACUGGCGUUAACCGGUUUUUAUUGCCUGCUUCCGAUUGCGAAUACACCCUAGACACGUUGUUGGAUGAAUUACAAACGGAUCAAUGGCCUGUACAAGCGGGGCACAGGGCGUCGAGGUGCACUGGAGUGGCCUUAAGUGUUUCAGCAGGAUUGCUUGCAGCUUGCUUGCCUGGAACUGGUGCUAGGAUUAUUGCUUUGGUUGGUGGUCCAUGUACUGAAGGGCCAGGCACGAUUGUAUCGAAAGACUUGUCAGAACCUGUACGUUCCCAUAAGGAUCUUGAUAAGGAUGCUGCACCGUAUUUUAAGAAAGCAGUAAAAUUUUAUGAUAGUCUUGCGAAGCAGCUUGUCAGCCAAGGUCAUGUACUUGACCUUUUUGCAUCUGCACUUGAUCAGGUUGGGGUUGCUGAAAUGAAAGUUGCAGUUGAAAGAACAGGUGGCCUUGUUGUUCUAGCUGAAAGUUUUGGUCAUUCUGUAUUCAAAGACUCUUUCAAGCGUGUAUUUGAGGAUGGAGAACAUUCUCUUGGCCUUUGCUUUAAUGGAAUGCUUGAGAUUAACUGUUCAAAGGACAUCAAAAUUCAAGGGGUAAUUGGGCCUUGCACAUCUUUGGAGAAGAAAGGACCUAAUGUUGCUGACACAGUCAUUGGGGAGGGGAACACUACAGCAUGGAAAAUGUGUGGCCUCAACAAGAGUACUUCCUUGACGGUCUUAUUUGAUCUCUCAUCAACUGAGCGAUCAAAUGUUCCAGGAGCUGCAAAUUCACAGUUCUAUUUGCAGUUUCUUACAAGCUAUCAAGACCCCGAAGGUAAAACAAUGCUUCGAGUCACGACCGUGACAAGACAAUGGGUAGACAGCACUGUUAGUUCAGAGGAAUUGCUACGAGGAUUCGAUCAAGAGACUGCAGCUGUUGUAAUGGCAAGAAUAACUUCCCUGAAAAUGGAGACUGAGGAGGGGUUUGAUGCUACACGGUGGUUAGACCGGAACCUCAUUAGGCUUUGUUCCAAAUUUGGCGACUACCGGAAGGAUGAUCCAUCAUCCUUCACUUUAAAUCCUUGUUUUUCUUUGUUUCCUCAGUUUAUGUUUAACCUGCGGAGGUCUCAAUUUGUACAGGUUUUUAACAACAGUCCAGAUGAAACUGCCUAUUUUCGCAUGUUGUUGAACAGGGAAAAUAUUACAAAUGCAGCUGUUAUGAUUCAACCAUCAUUAAUAUCAUAUUCAUUCAACUCGCUGCCCCAACCAGCAUUAUUGGAUGUGGCUUCCAUUUCAGCUGAUCGCAUUCUCUUGCUGGAUUCAUAUUUCAGUAUUGUUGUUUUCCAUGGUAUGACAAUAGCACAGUGGCGCAACAUGGGUUACCAGAAUCAGCCUGAACAUCAGGCAUUUGCAGAGCUUUUGCAAGCACCCCAGGCUGACGCCCAAAUGAUAAUUCAGGAACGAUUCCCUGUCCCUAGAUUGGUUGUAUGUGAUCAGCAUGGAUCCCAGGCAAGAUUUUUAUUGGCAAAAUUGAACCCAUCAGCAACAUACAAUAAUUCCUCAGAUAUAGCUGCUGGAUCGGAUAUAAUCUUUACUGAUGAUGUAAGUUUACAAGUCUUCUUCGAGCAUCUUCAGAGGUUGGCUGUGCAAUCUUGAAUGUAGAAAAUAGUUGCAGGACUUGAGUUUCUCCGAUUUCUUGGUAAUGUGAAAUUCCCCCAGUCGGUGUGAGUUCUGUAUCCUGUCUUGGACAUCCCCUAUUCGCUUCGUACUUUACCUAUUAUUUCCAUCAAUUUUAUGAUGGUGAGGUUGUGUGCCCCCGCAAUAUUGGAAAAAAAAUGGGAAGCACAUUUCUUUGUUCGAGGGGUUAACGCCUUGCUUCUUUGAAGGAAUAAGGGAUGCAACAAACAGGUUUUACAUUUGUAGGGGGGAAAUAAGGUUAGAAUGAGAGUGUAAGUUUGAGAAUAGAUGCGGGUUCGAACUCGAUAGUGAAUUAGGAAAUAGAUUUUGACAGAAAUUCUUUUGGUUUUGAAACAGUGGAUGUGUUUGUUUGUGUACUGAAUUUUUGAGGUCAUAUAUUUACUGAUUUGGAGUUGAAAGGCUCCUUAGGUUGAAAUGGGGCGUUAUUUUGUUUUAGUUUGUCAGCCUACGUGUUCUAAUUUAUUUGACCUAGUUUUUCAUUCUUUUUAAUGUUUUUUGGGAUACAUGUAAUAAAUUUAUCGUGUUUUUUUAUUUUUUUA